CAGCGCAGCUCUCUUCGAGUAGCGCACACUUGGUGGUGUUGCCGGGCUUACCGGAUUUAUUCAGACAUCGAACGUCGUCGUGAGCACACGUCUAUAUUCUCCGUCUUCCGACAAAAAAAAAUAAGAAAAACGAACGCGUCGAUCGCAGUAGCGCACAAGUCUUGACAACCCGAGUGUGUGUGUGAUUAAUAUAGUAACUAUACGUAUAUAUAAAAGCGUCUCCAAUGCGUCGCUUAGUGUGAGAAAAUCAACGAAACAUAGAGAGUUACAAAUAAGGACUUCCCAGAGGAUUAGAAAACAGAAUACCGUGUUUAAACCCCCGAAAAAAAGCCGCCAACAUAGCCGAACUAACCGCCGUAUUUAUGACUAAGAUGAUUCCGCCGGUUCCCACCGCCGCUGCAGCCGUCAUGAUGCCCACACCAAAGCAGAAGAUCGGUUUCAGCAUCGAGUCCAUUGUGGGCAAUGAUGUCAGCACCGCCGGCGGCAAUUCGACGCCCGAGCUAUCCGGUCCCCAGAGUCCGCCGCCCGGCGAGCGCAAUGUGCCCGGUUCGCCGCCCCAAACGCCACCAGCCACACUCACCUUGAUCCCAGGCUCUCCCCCGCACCAUCUGAUGGCUCCUCCUGCCCACGGACUGUCCUAUCCGCAUCCGCAUGCUCAGCAGCAACAGCAGCAUUUGCAGGCACCACAUCCGCAUCCGCAUCUAUCUCCUGCGCAGCAACAUGUGCUCCACCAGCACCUCCUCAUGCAGCAGCAGCAACAUCAGGGCACACCCAAGAGCCACCAGGAUAUUCAGGAGCUGCUGCAGAGACUGCACCACAAUGCCGCCAUGGCCAGCGGCCUGAGUCCGCUGCAGACACGCCUCUCCCCCGAAACGGAGCAGCCCCAGAUGGCCGUCUCCCUCAAGCGGGAACGCUCACCUGCACCACCUGCCAUGGAGCAGGCCGAGAAUCCCGCCCAGCGCAUCCAGCCACCGCACACGCCUCCCAAGUCCGUGAGCCCCCAGUCCUCGCAGCCCUCAUCUUCGCCCACUCUGCUGAUCAGCAGUCCACAUGCUACACCGCCACAGCAGCAACAGCAGCAGCCGCCCCCGAAUUAUCCAAAGCCCGCCAUGAUGCAUCCCGGAGGAGCUGGACCCAUGAUGAUGCCGGGCAUGCCGCCCGCUGGACUCGUUCGCCCCUUUCCCAUGGGACCCGGAGGACCACCGAUGCCGCAAGGUCAACCCGGCUUGCCGGACAUCAAGGCGCUGCCGCCGUACAUCAACGCUCCUCCAGAGCUACCGCCCCAGCACAAUCCACAUCUCAUUGCCGCCGCCCAGUUCCAGAUGGCCGCCGCCCUGCAGGCAGGUCAUGUCCUUGGUCCAGCGGCCGCCGCCGCUGCUGCCGCCGGCCUGCCGCCCCACGCCCAGUUCAUGCCCAAUCCGGGCAUGGCCAGGGAUAGCUAUCAGCUGUACCCGUGGCUGCUCAGCCGUCAUGGAAGGAUCUUCCCACACAGAUUCCCUGGAAGUUUCCUGGUGCCCCCGUUCCGCAAACCGAAACGCAUCCGCACCGCCUUCUCGCCAUCGCAGCUGCUGAAGCUGGAGCACGCCUUCGAGAGCAACCAGUACGUGGUGGGGGCGGAGAGAAAGGCCCUGGCCCAGAACCUCAAUCUGUCCGAGACGCAGGUGAAGGUGUGGUUCCAGAACCGACGCACCAAGCAUAAGCGGAUGCAGCAGGAGGACGAGAAGGGUGGCGAGGGAGGAUCGCAGCGGAAUAUGCACAACGGCAGCGGCGACGAGGACGACGACGAACUGAUCGACAUGGAGAUGGACGAGUGCCCCAGCGAUGAGGAGCACGAGCUGGACGCCAGCCACUGAGAGAAGCGGCCAGGAGAUAGUCCUGCGGCGGUCCGUGAGUUCCUUAUCCUGGCGAAUGCAGUCCAGUUCCAGUUAUCGAGGGUUCCCAGUCGAAUCUCGGCGAGAGUAACAUAGUUUGUUUUGUUGUGAUAUAUUCUUAGAGCGAUCCCAAGGCGUUAGGCUAAGUGUAUAUAGGGCAGUAUUAAGAGACCCUUCCUCUCCAUCCACAAUUCUCUCUCAAGAUCCGUGCCAAAUCCUUGCGAAGUUUCGAGAUUGAGUAGAGCUCAAAGAAUGCAAGUUGCUUCCUCUCUUUCCCAAAUAUCAAAUGCAAAAAAGAAACCCUAAAAAAUUAACCUAGGCUAGACACCACCAACUAUAACUGUACAAAUAUUAUGACUUAAGCCUGUAAAUAUUCAUGACAUUACUUUUAAUUAGUGAAUUCUUCAGAACAAAUCGUACUCGAUGCACUAGCUAUUGUAUAAUUCUUGUAUAUUGUAUGACGAUCUAGCAUUUAUUUAUGUUUAGUCUUAAGCACGAACCUCUAGAGUCGCUCAACUGCAGCUGGAUAUUAUUUAAAGCCGUCUAAUAUAAAGCCCUAGUUGCUAGUAACUACUUCCUAAGCCAACAUGAUUGUAAGAAACACACACGAAUAUUAUCAUAUAAAAUAUAAAAUAUUCAUUAUGAAAAGAAA